AUGUUUUGUUUGGAGGACCAGGUAGUGUUGAUUGCGGGUGGGUCCCAGGGUCUUGGUAAGCAGUUUGGCCAGAAGUACUGGGACGAGUCGAGGCACUCAAAGAUUAUACUGGUGAGCAGGAGCGAUGUGAAGUUGCGGAAUGCUAUCACUGAUAUUACCGGUGGGAGACAGGAGCCCGUGGAGCUGGUGAUGCCUGAGGUUGCCGCUAGUGAGCCUUCUGCGUCUGGCUCCUCCGCUAUCAAUUUGAGCAAGAGCUCGAACCACGCUGGCUUUGAGAGCGAGCUGCGCAGCAACAGCAACAGGAGUUCCAGCAGUUUGAAGGAGUCCACGAAUGUGGUCACACACCUGACCACAAACGCUGCAGACUCACGGAUUGUGUACAUUGCAUGCGAUCUGUCGGAUCCUGAUGCUGUUGAGCGUAUGUUUGUGACGCUACAGCACAACAACCUUCUCCCCACGCAGGUGCUUGCCUGCGCCGGUGGCUCUAUUCCUAAGCUGUUCACUGAUUUGACCGCUAAGGAGCUGGAGAUGGGUGUGAAGAUGAACUACAUGACUACGCUAUUCGUGAUCCACAAGGCGGCACAGAUGGUACCACAGGCACACUUGAUACUGUUCUCGAGUUCCACUGCUUUCUUCCCAUUUAUCGGCUACUCACAGUAUGCCCCAGCCAAGGUGUCUCUGAAGGCACUCACCUCUAUCUUACGCCAUGAGCUACCAAACACUAGAAUAUCGUGUGUAUACCCUGGUAACUUCUACAGUGAAGGCUACGUACUCGAAGAGAUGAGCAAACCAGACAUCACAAAGAGCAUAGAGGGCUCAUCUUACCCGAUCUCCUGUGAGGAGUGCUGCGACAAGAUCGUCUGGUGGCUAAACCGUGGUUACGACGACGUUACUACGGACAGCAUUGGCUGGUUCUUGAUGAGCUUGGACAUGGGCCUGAAUAAGCACAACAACAAUUCCGCGUACUGGUUCGUACAGUGGCUGAUCGGGGUCAUUGCUAACUUGUUAGUGGUCCCAUUCUACAUGGUCUUGUGCUCAUACCAGAUCAACAAGUGGCACAAGCAGAAUAAAAACAAGAACACCUUGCUGUGA